GGGUCAUCAAGCUGUUCGUAAGUUUAAAACGACUGAUCAUCCUUUUUAAAUGGUGUCACUGUCCUUCCAUAGUUGAGUGAUUUGGUGAUAAAUGCCAGCUCUAUUCAAGAAGGGGCCUGAUUUUUUUUAACCUUGUCAAAAAAGGUAAAAAUUCCUUAAAUGAAACCAUGUUAUCAGGCUAAGAAUCUUUCCAUUCAGUGAUGAUUAUCACAAACCUGUCUCUUCACUACAUUGGUUGAUCCUGUUUACCAGAGAAAAUGAAUUCGAACAAAUCCCUUUUCUCAUUUAGGCCUACAGACUCACUUUUCAUAUAGGCCUAUAUAUUUCAUUCGUGUUUGCCAUAAUGUUUCACUUUUAAUCUGAAUUAUGCAAAGAAUUGCAACAUCAAAUACUAGUACAAUAUUUAAACGACCAAUCUUUGGAAAUGGGCGAUAAUUGAAAUAAAGGGAAUAAUCAGGGUUUGUAAAAGAAAGUGAAUAUAGCCUAUAAUUUUACGACAGUAAGUAGUAAUGUGAGCAACUUUAACUCUUUCUAAUUAAUCUAGAAAGGCGACAGAUCCAGUGGUUGGUUGUGGAUCAAAACUGAAAGUUGACAGUCGAGAUAUCUAACGACGCGAAUGACAAAACAAGAAUGGACAUUGUUAUGUGCUUUAUCUUGUCAUACUCGUGAAUAUCACCAAGCUCAUAUCCAUAUUCAAUACGGAAAGAAAGGGAACUUAUACUAUGGUACUAUCGCACGAUAUGAAUUCAUGGAAGUUGGCCAAGACAAUUUAUAUCUACCAAGUUCAGCCUGUUGUGAUUUUCGGAUACAGACAUUAAACUGGUCUUAAUUCGUUUUAAAAAGACAUUUCUGUUUAGUUAUUUUACAUUGAGAUGAAUUUCUCUUGAUUCAUAGCAGUCACAAGGAGUCUAUCCGAUUUGAAUUGAGAAUGGACGAGGAGGGGGCGAAAAUUGUACUUCUAGGGGAGCUGAACGUUGGGAAAUCAAGCAUCGCCGGCAGAUUUCAAAGUGAUCAAUUUAAUGAGAGAUACCAGGCCACUAUAGGUGCAACAUUUACGACAAAACACAUCACUGAUGGAGACAGAGAAUACACAUUCUUCAUAUGGGACACAGCAGGAAAAGAAAGGUUCAGAGCACUUGCUCCUCUCUACUACCGAGGAGCCUCGGCAGCCAUCUUAGUUUAUGAUAUUACGAGUAAGAAUUCGUUUGACUGCAUCCCCUACUGGAUUUCGGAACUAAAGAAACACGGUCCACCCGACAUCAUCAUCGUCCUCGUCGGAAACAAGUGCGACUGCAGCGACGAUGUCCGACAAAUCCCGAAAAGGUUUUCGGCGAGCUAUGCUACCGAGAAAGGAAUUUCUUUCUUCGAAACAAGUGCAAGAACCGGGGAAAAUGUGGUGGAAAUACUUUUGGAAAUCGGUCGACGGCUGCCAGAUAACCUUGUCUAUAUCAAAACAGAGACUACUAGUUUAUUCUGGGGCUCAAGAUCAAAAUCAAGAAGAGCUGAUCAGUUACCCCAGUCAAGCUGCUGUCUCUGUUCGUGUUUCGUCUAAACGUUAAAUUGGAAAUUAUAGUGGACAUCUGCCGUUUUUUAUUCAGUGCGUCAACCAUAAUAAGAUUACGUUUGUGACUGCAUAUUUUGUGAAAUUUCAAAAUUUCAUUGUACAAAGGGGACGGAAGAUAAUAUGUUUAUAUCAGUUUCUGUUUCAAAGAAAUUGAUAAAUCUUGUCAAAAUUAAAAAACAAACUUUGUAGUUUUGAUAGAAUUCUUUUAAGUGCCCCUAUAAUCAAAAGGCAUUAUAUUCGAGCUUGAGUGCAUUGUUU